GGCCAAACAGUAGGUGGUGCCGUGAAGAAGUCUGCACAUUUGAUUUACACAUCUCCGGGUUUCAAAGUCUGUACUGGACACACGUGGAGGAGCAAUAAAUUCCAAAUUCAAACUCAGGUGUCAGAGCAGCAACAUCUCCCUCCAGGGCUCGCCGAAUAAAGAUCCUCACGUACUCGUGGAGAUAAACCAGCACUCCAGUCAGAAGACUGAAGAAAGAACUGAACCUCAGACUGAAGAGUCAGAAAUGUGUGGCUCUUCAAAGGCAGAGGCCUGAGCCUUCUUAAGUCAUGGGAGUUGUGUUUUGCAGUAGCAGCUUACUGGCAGAUGAAACCUGAUGGAGUCAAACAUCCAAUGAAAGCUUACCUCCACUCACCUGACGUCCGUCAGCAUGUCAAUACAGUAUGGAAGGGCAGUCAACUGCUUUGGUCUGGAUACUUAACAGGACAGCAGAAGAGCUGAACACCUCACUCAAAUACAACCUCUCCGGUUUAAGCGAAAACUCUGAAAAGCACCAGUCUUACAUCAUCGGCCUCUUCUUGUCCUGCUUGUACACCAUCCUCCUUUUCCCCAUUGGAUUUAUCGGGAACAUCCUGAUCCUGGUGGUAAACCUGAACCACAGAGAGAAGAUGACCAUCCCAGAUCUCUACUUUGUUAACUUGGCAGUCGCGGACCUCAUCCUGGUGGCAGAUUCCCUCAUCGAGGUGUUCAACCUGAGCGAGAAGUACUACGACUACGCUGUCCUGUGCACCUUCAUGUCCCUCUUCCUGCAGAUCAACAUGUACAGCAGCAUCUUCUUCCUCACGUGGAUGAGCUUUGAUAGAUACGUAGCCUUAGCUAGCUCCAUGAGCAGCAGCCCACUGAGGACUAUGCAGCACGCCAAGGUGAGCUGUGGCCUGAUCUGGAUGGCCUCCAUCCUGGCCACCCUGUUCCCCUUCACCAUCGUACAGACUCAGCACAGGGGUGAGGUUCACUUCUGCUUUGCAAAUGUCUUUGAGAUCCAGUGGCUGGAGGUGACCAUUGGAUUUUUGGUGCCCUUCUCCAUCAUUGGUCUGUGCUACUCUCUGAUUGUCCGAAUCCUCAUGAAAGCCCAGAAGCAUCGUGGCUUGUGGCCGAGGCGGCAGAAAGCCUUGCGCAUGAUCGUUGUGGUUGUUUUGGUGUUCUUCAUCUGCUGGCUGCCGGAGAACGUCUUCAUUAGCAUCCAGCUGCUGCAGGGAGCAGCGAACCCAUCCCGGAAGACUGCUAGUGCCCUGUGGCAUGACUAUCCCCUCACAGGCCACAUUGUUAAUCUGGCAGCCUUCUCCAACAGCUGCCUGAACCCCAUCAUCUACAGCUUUCUAGGGGAAACCUUUCGGGACAAGCUGAGACUCUUUGCAAAGCAGAAGGCCAGCUGGUCUGUGGUAAACCGCUUCUGCCACCACGGCCUUGAUUUACACCUCCCUGUCAGGAGUAAAGUGUCAGAGGUCUGACUGCAUUAAGAAAAUAAACGCCAUAAAUUUUCACUGUUUCAAAGUUCUAAAUCAUUUCUCUUUCACUAAUAUUCAGCUUUGUCUCUUCCAGCAGCUGCAGCCGUGUUUUACCUGCUCCUUCCAUGAAACAAAUAAAAACAUGGAAGAAGCAAAGCCAGGAAAUGAGUCUUUUAAAAAUGUCGCAUCAUUCCUGCCGUGAAACAAAGUCAGAGGUUAAUGUCUGAGCACCUGCAGAAGAAUAUCAGCUGCUUCAAAGCUGCAGUGAAGUAAAUGCUUUGUCACGUUGCAUCUAAUCAGGAUGUUUGUCUGGGUUCCAGGAGAAAAGUGAUUUUAGUCCUUAAUCAAACACAACUGUGUGAAAAGUAAGAAUGAAAAGCAUCAAACAGCUCACACCAACAAAACAACGACGUGAAUUCAUUUGAACUAACUAGUGCAGAACAGUAAACAGUCUUUUCUCUUUUGUCUGAGGCUAUCCCAUACAUUUGUUUACCUUUUAAUUCGUUUUUUCUUUUUGUUCUGUGGACAAAAAAAAAAUACUGAAAAUGAACAUUCAGAACUCCAUUUUAUUCCAAUAAAUAAAUAAUCAAUACAACUUUAUUUAUAGGCAUGAAAUAUAUUCUAAUAAAAUCUGGGUCACAUUCAUGUUUUCUAAUGAGUUGAAUUGUGUAGCACUCAUUUCUGGAAGGAGAGUGAACGUGUUAACAUUAUAGAUGUAUUUUUUGCUUAUUAUUUGGCCUUAAUCUGUCAAAUAGUUUAUCAUAUUGAUAAAAAACAAUAAUAAUUUCUGCUAAUGAUAAACUACUCUGCUUUCUGUGUCGGGUGUCUGUUUUAAGCAUUUUGGUCACAACAUAUGAGAAAUAUUUGUUAUUUUUGUUUUCUCUGUGCCAGAGAUUAUGACGUGAUGGGAAGAAACAAGGGUCCGAACAUCUUGUUAUUCCAGCUGUAACCGUCCUGGGAAAGCAGUGCUCAGGAGUCUUACAGCGAUUGUUUAUUAGAGAGCUGCUAAACUUGCUGCAGUGCACCAUACAAAAGGGUCUUAUUAUUGUUGUUUUCAUGACGUUUUUGAUCUUUUCCUUCAAAAGUGCAGGAAGAUCUUGUGGUUGUUUGUCUUGCCAUUGUCAAAGGAAGAGUCCGUUUGUUUAUUUUGGUCAUGCAUGCAAGGCUGUGCAAUAACUUGUAAAUGGCGCAUCGCUCAGUGCCACAGAGGGGACACAAAUAGGACAGUUCACUAAUGCAAUGUGUGCUGUCACAUCCAAACACGAUGACUCAAACAAGAGCCACGCCACCUUUACAUCAGCCAUAAAAACACACCGAUCCGACAGCCUGUGAGAAGAGUCUGACUGUCAACUGUGUGACCAGCUGAGACGACCGAGAAGGUUAAGGGUUUGCAGCGGAGGACGUCACAGAAGGAAAACACACAGCGACUCUUCUCCCGUCACCAUACUCAGGAUUCUUCCGAACGGUUUGGUGUAAACAGAAAUAAAAUGAGUUUCAGACCAAAAAUGUAUUUGGUUAAAUUAAAAAAUACAAUUCUGUCUCUGCCAAAGGAAAUAAUUCGUUGUUUUAUCCAGCAAGAGGAAAGACACAAACAUAUUUUUAAAGAUCAAGUUGCAUUAAAAUAAAAAGGAACGCCUGCUUUAAGUCUACAUCAGUAAAAUAGUCAUCAAAUGUUAAGAUGUGAUGUGUUUUGUUCAACAUCACAAAGAUGCUUUUGGCCUAAAGUCAAAAGGAAGAGAUGUUCUGAAGAGAAAUGGUUGUGGUUUCAUUCACGCACACACAUGGGAUCAGCAACAUCUCAGAUACAGCUUUCAACAUAGUUUUUAGUUGUGACCCAAAAACCUUUAGAAAUCCCUACUUUGUUCGAUAACUCCGGUUCUAAAAUGAAGCUAAUGAAACUGUUUACUAAGACUCUGUCUUUGGUAAAGCCGAGCUGGACGUCGUCUAACUGUAAACAGAGCAUGGGUGGGACAUGUCAAAGCAAUUAUAACUGGAAGAGCCAGGGAUUAUGUGUAAUCAUUAGACUGUGCCCUUGGUGGAUUUCAGCCUCUGAACAAUGGAUUAGACAUAUAAUUGCAUUUGUAUAUUUACAGCCCUAACAAAAAGGGGUGCUGAGUGGAACAGAUUAACUCUCCAGAUUCAGAGGGGAAAAAGAGACGACUGAA